AUGCCGAGACACACUAGGAACUCCAGCGAGCAGGGCUACAGUGGCCUCCAGACUGGCCUGGCGCCGUCUCCCAUGUACGCCCCGUCCCGCAUGAUUCCUGGAAACUACUACGACGUCGCCUCGUCUUCCUCAUCUGCCAUGCCGAUUCCCCCGCCUCUUUCUCAUCCCUCUCAACAACCGCAAUACGGCCCAUACUCUACUAGUGCCCCUUCGCCUACUCUCCCUAUGCCUCCGACUCAGUCGUCGCAGCACCGACCCAGCUCUGGAGCCUGGACCCAGCAGGAUGACGAGCAGCUACUGGCUGCUCGCCAGCAGGGCCUCAACUGGAACCAGAUCAGAGAUCAAUACUUUCAGUCCAAGACGCCCAAUGCCUGCCGCAAGCGUCAUGAACGACUGAUUGAGCGAAAGAACGUCGACGACUGGGACACUCGCAGGAUGCAAAUACUGGCCAAGGAGUACAUGAGCAUGCGAAAGGAGAUUUGGAGCGGUCUGGCAGCUCGAACCGGAGAGAAGUGGAACGUUGUCGAGGCCAAGUGCAUGUCCAACGGCCUCAAGAACCUCCAGAGCGCCGCCCGCGCAGCUUCGCGCCGUGACCGUCUCGAGACGGGACUCACAGGGUAUGACGACGAUAGCGGCAUUUCCGGCAUCGGCCUGACCCCCGUUGAUGAACUAGACGCAUCCUACAGUAGCCCCGCGACGAGCUCCUCGGGCACACACUCGUACUCCAGCUCCGCCAGCUAUCACCAGCAGCAGCAGCAGCAACAGCCGCAGCAACAUCUCCAGCCUCACUCUCACCUUCACCCCCAGCAUCACCAGGGCCAAUACGCCAUGGGCCCUGCGUAUUACGGCGGUCACGGAUACUCGUCGAGCGUCAGUUCCACGACCAGCAUGAGCCACGGAUACGUGUCCCGCGGCGGCACCGGAACCAGCCAGGACAGCAGCCCAUACUUGGAUAGCCAGCGGCUGUCCAGCGACAUGGGCAUCGAGUCUCUCGUCCACCGUCCCAACGGAGGAAGAAUGUGA